CCCCCACAACAGUCUGGGUAUGACCAAGUCUUCCCUGGAUGCCCACAGUCCUCACCUAAGACAACCAGAUCCCUACCAGAUGUUUGGACCUACAAGCAGCAGACUAGCCAGCUCGGCAGGUUCUGGCCAGAUACAACUGUGGCAGUUCCUGCUCGAGUUACUCUCAGACUCGUCCAACGCUAACUGCAUUACGUGGGAGGGCACCAACGGCGAGUUUAAACUCACAGACCCUGACGAGGUAGCCAGGAGAUGGGGAGAACGCAAGUCCAAACCUAACAUGAACUACGACAAGCUCUCCAGGGCGUUAAGGUACUACUACGACAAGAACAUCAUGACGAAGGUGCACGGGAAGCGAUACGCCUACAAGUUUGACUUCCAGGGUCUGGCAGCGGCCACGCAGCCAGCAGGGGCUGACCCAACUGCUUACAAGUACCAGAGUGACCUCUUCAUGUCUUCCUACCACCCCACCACCAAGCUUAACUUCAUGAGCACCCACACCGGCAUACCCUCCUCAGCAGCGAGCAUCUUCCCUUCUCCCACCUCGUACUGGACUAACCCCAGCGCUAACUUGUACUCCAAUAUAGCCGCAGCUUCGGGCCACACCAUGACGCACCACCCCUCCCACAUGACGUCACACAUCUCCUCCGCCUAUCCGCACUACGCAUGACAGUCUCUCUUCUCCAAUUGGUGCACGCAGCAGUCGCGCGACUCCGUCUCCCUCCCCGAUUGGUCCUCGACCUUCCAGCAAGUGACCAAUCUGGAGGAGCAGUGAGGGGGGAAGUUUGAGAGCAGCAGCGCUUAUCCGCCAAGUGAAAAGCAGGUAACAGUGCAGAAACUGGCUUAAGAGGACAGAUUGUCCAGUGUAAGCGAAGUUUUAGGCGAGACGCUGGUUAAUGGUUAGGUUAUUUUUAAGAGGUUAACUUAAGUAGUGAUCCCCGAGAGUGCCGCUAUUAGCCAACUUGGCGAGAUUCGUGCGCCAAGUUGUGUCUGGACUUAAAAUAGUGGCGAAAGUUGGCUAGUGACUGUUUGUGGCGACUGCGCUCUGGUGACAGCCUGGUGACAGCCUGGUGAUGGCCUGGUGAGUGCCUGGCGACGGCCUGAUGACAGCCUGGCGACACCCUGGUGACAGUGGCGUGGCCAAGGUGGGCUGGAGCUCGCCACACAAACGCUGGCGAAGUGUGGCUAAUGCUGCUGGCGAAGUCUUCAACAUGGCGGCGCGGCGCAGUGGUGACUGGUUCCCUCUUCGAGAAGUUGAAGGCACUUUUCGCGCAGUUUAAGUGCGCAGGAGGAGCGUGUGUCGUGACCCUGCUUGCUGCCAUGAUGGCACACCUCAUCUGUUGCUUCACUUGCACGCUGCACAGCCAUCUCGCAAAGUUUUUAGAUGUUGAAGUUGCAACCUCUUCUCUAAGGCGCUAGUGCCACGUCUCUCCUGAUGCCACUGUAAAAAAAAAAAAAGAAGUUUUUCCCGCGACGUUUCUCCCGCUUGUGCCACGUCUCGCCCCAUACUGCCAUUGCAACGCUUUUAACAGUGUUGCUUCUGCCAGAUUACAGGGAUGCAAUCUCAAGUUGCUCUCUGCGCUGUUGCCGCAUCCCUCGACUAUGCUUAACGCGUCAAGGCACUGCUGCCGCAGCACAUGUGGCACAGUGUCACUUCUGCGGCGCUGUUGCCACAUGAAGCACUCUUGCCCAGUGAGAUAAUGCAGCGCUGCCACAUCUAACGAAGCCGGGUGUCUUGCCUCCCAGGCAAUACAGUGUUGCCACAUCUUCCACAGGCUGUUACUUCAUCAGAUGAUGCAACGUUGCCACGUCAAACGAUGCAACGUUUCCACAAGAACCGAUGCAACGUUGUCAUGUCAAGCGAUGCAACGGUGCCACAUCAAGCGAUGCAACGGUACCACAUCAAGCUAUGCAACGGUGCCACCUCAAACGAUGCAAAGGUGCCACAUCAACCGAUGCAACUAUGCCACAUCAAGUGAUGCAACGGUGCCACAUCAAACUAUGCAACAGUGCUACAUCAAACGAUGUAACGUUGCCACAUCUAACGAUGCGCCGUUGCCACAUCAAACGAUGCAACGUUGCCACCAAAGGAUGCACCGUUGCCACAUUUCAUAAACUUCCUCUUACCUCAACAGAACAAGUAAAACAGCGUUGCCACAUCUCACAGAGCACUUGUUGCCACAUUUGUUUCCGGUAUGCUUCACCCAACUCUGCAAACAGGCAGUGUUGCCACAUCCAUACCUGCCCAGCACCGUUGCCAAGUCCCACCGCAUCUCCGUGAGGGGUGGUCAGUGUUUAGCCUACUGCAAUGAUGCCAGUUUUUACCCCUCGUCUAGUUUCGCCCUCUAGUCAACUGGGAAGGAAACAUCAGCGACCCUAGGUGUGUGUGUGUGUGUGUGUGUGUGUGUGUGUGUGUGUGUGUGUGUGUGUGUGUGAAAUCAAGCACAGUUUCUGGCCAAAAUUUAUUGUACAAAACAAUAAUGAUAAUAAAUAAUAAUGACAUAUGCAAAUCUGCCAUUAGAAAUAUUAUUGAAUUAUUAUUAUUAUUACAAAUUAUUAUUAUUAAUAACCAACAAUAAUAAUAAUUUUUUUAUUAUCAUUAAUAACAUUUUAUCAUUAUUAUAAUUAUUACUGUGAAUUAUUACUAUUAAUAUCGUAGACAAGUAUAAUCAUAGUCUAUAAUAAUUCUGACGAAAAGCACGUAAAUCGGAUCUUGCCGAUUCGUAACGGGAACUGAAAUCUGUGGCGAGGAGAAUGUGAAGAUCAGUGACUGUGAAUGUGUGGUGAGGAGAAUGUGAAGAUCACAGUGACUGUGAAUGUGUGGUGAGGAGAAUGUGAAGAUCAGUGACUGUGAAUGUGUGGUGAGGAGAAUGUGAAGAUCACAGUGACUGUGAAUGUGUGGUGAGGAGAAUGUGAAGAUCACAGUGACUGUGAAUGUGUGGUGAGGAGAAUGUGAAGAUCACAGUGACUGUGAAUGUGUGGUGAGGAGAAUGUGAAGAUCAGUGACUGUGAAUGUGUGACGAGGAGAAUGUGAAGAUCACAGUGACUGUGAAUGUGUGGUGAGGAGAAUGUGAAGAUCAGUGACUGUGAAUGUGUGGCGAGGAGAAUGUGAAGAUCACAGUGACUGUGAAUGUGUGGUGAGGAGAAUGUGAAGAUCACAGUGACUGUGAAUGUGUGGCGAGGAGAAUGUGAAGAUCACAGUGACUGUGAAUGUGUGGCGAGGAGAAUGUGAAGAUCACAGUGACUGUGAAUGUGUGGUGAGGAGAAUGUGAAGAUCACAGUGACUGUGAAUGUGUAGCGAGGAUAAUGUGAAGAUCACAGUGACUGUGAAUGUGUAAAUAAUGGAAUCUGUAAAAAUCAAAUUUACCAAAAACGAAGGAAUAUUUUUUUUGUUAUAUUUUUGUGAUGUGUGUGACGUCACUGUCACACUUCUUUUGUUGACAUGACGUCGUGGACUUUAUCUGUAACGUUAUGAGCUUUAUGUGACAUCACGAACUUUAUUUAUGUGACAUCAUGAACCUUAUGUGACAUCAUGAACUUUAUUUAUGUGACAUCAUGAACCUUAUGUGACAUCAUGAAC